GAGAAGACGGGUAGGUUUAUUACUCAAUUCUUCUGCCCCAUAUAUUAACUCCUUUCAUCAUUGUAAAAAACAAUGUUUAACUCCUUUCAGAUGUUGCUUCUCUGACCUCAAUCAUCAUCAUGAAACUCAACCAACUCUCUUCCUAUGCAUUUACUGCAUGUGUUUAAAGGAUAUAUGUUUCAGUAGAGGUCAUUGUAGUUUCAUUUUUUCUAGUAAUGGUGGUGUAGUUUCUUUUUCUCUAUCUUUCCUCAAAGUUGUUUCCCUUUGAAAUAUGGUUAGAAUUAGGAAGAGAGAUCAAAAUUCUCUAGUGCUACUACUACUCUUGGUUUUUUCUUUCUUCUUUGUCAUGUGUCAAGCACGUAAUUUGAACUACACAAAGUAUAAGCAAGUCAGCAAUAUGAGACUUGAAAGGAUUCAAAGGCAUUUGGACAAAAUCAACAAGCCACCUGUCUUCACCAUUCAGAGCCCAGAUGGAGAUAUCAUAGAUUGUGUUCAUAAAAGAAAACAACCAGCUUUGGAUCAUCCUCUGCUCAAGAAUCACAAGAUUCAGAAGGUUCCACCAGAGUUUCCAAAACUGAAAACGUCGGACGCGGUCAAUAGCAAAAGUGCAGUCGUAGAUUGGCAAGUGUGGCAUCAAAAUGGGACACGAUGCCCUACAGGCACUGUUCCGAUACGGCGGAGUGAGGUUCAUGAUGUGCUUAGAGCAAAGUCUUUGUAUGAUUUCGGAAAGAAAAAACGACAUGGAUUGCCUCUUGCUCGCCAUGUUGAUGCUCCUGAUGUUGUUAGUGGCAAUGGUCAUGAGCACGCAAUAGCCUACACGGGAGGGUCGGAAGACAUAUAUGGUGCAAAAGCAACAAUAAACGUGUGGGACCCAUCCAUCGAAGUGGUGAACGAGUUUAGUCUCUCUCAGAUUUGGGUUCUCUCUGGAUCUUUUGACGGAUCCGAUCUUAACAGCAUCGAAGCUGGCUGGCAGGUUAGUCCGGAGUUGUAUGGUGACAGCAGACCUAGAUUAUUUACAUAUUGGACGAGUGAUUCGUAUCAAGCAACAGGAUGCUACAACCUAUUAUGUUCAGGAUUUGUCCAAACAAAUAGCAGAAUAGCCAUUGGUGCUGCUAUUUCUCCUGUUUCUUCCAUCGAGGGAAAUCAAUAUGAUGUCACUAUACUCAUUUGGAAGGAUCCAAAGGUAGGGAAUUGGUGGAUGGUGUUUGGUGAUAACACGCUAGUAGGUUAUUGGCCAGCUGAGUUAUUUACACAUUUAGCGGAUCGUGCGACAAUGGUGGAGUGGGGAGGAGAGAUAGUAAAUUCACGGGCAAACGGAGAACAUACGUCUACUCAAAUGGGCUCAGGCCAUUUUGCUGAUGAUGGUUUUAGGAAAGCAAGUUAUUUCAGAAAUCUUGAAAUUGUGGAUUCUGACAACAGUCUCACCUCAGCCCAAGAUAUAUCAAUCUUAGCUGAGAACACUAAUUGCUAUGACAUCAAAAAUGCCUAUAGCAAUGAAUGGGGUACACAUUUCUAUUACGGUGGACCUGGCAGAAAUCCACAAUGCAACUAAUAUGAGGCAAAGUCUCUACCUUUUAUUAUUUUAUUUACAUCUUUUAAUGCUAUUUCCAACUCUGUUUAUGCUAAUUAAUUCCACAUUAUUUGUUUUUUCUUCUUCUUCUGUCUAUGUUUUGAGAGGCUAAAAAAGUAGUAUGUAUUCAUUUAAUAAGACAAAUAGCAGUAAACAGGCAAGGAAAUAGCAAAUAUUCACUUCGAA